CGAAGUUUUUGUACGAAACCUUCCUAGAGCCAUUCCGGAGGGACGGACAGAGGAAACAGAGAUUUUUGCAAUAUCAAAAUGGGGAACCAAAAUUGAUAGAAGUGGAAGUAGACGGAGCGGUAAUUCCAGCAAGUACAAUGCUGGACGGCUUCUAUUUGAUCAAUAUCAUAGCUCCAGAGACUCUCGAGGAACAAACAGAAUAUCUGUUUCAACAUCUGGAACAACUUUCAAGAUGGAUAAUACUCCUAGAAACAAAUCCUACAUAUCUCCCAUCAGCGUUAACAGUCUCAUGGAAGUCAGACCAUCAGAAACACCAUCAAAAGAUUUCUUUUGGAGCGUCAUUGAUAGGUACCACAAAAACAAAAGACAAAUUAUUGGAUCUAUGACAGACAUUCAACCAGUGCAUGCUUUCACAGGACGCGGACAGGAAUCUGAUGAUGAAACUGACACUCUGGGAUUUCUGCAAUUGUGCAGAAACCAACACGUAUUAUUACCUAUCACAAUGGAGGGAAGACCUUCCAAUUAUGACGAGAACAAUUCGUACGAAUUCACAAGAAAGAAUGGAUCCAUGCGACAAUUGUCUGAUGAUAAUGUUAGUCAAUACGAAAAAGAUUUGCUCAGACUUCUUAGUGUAUUGAAAAGUAAAUAUCCAUUUCGUGUUGAGAGGAAUAAAGAUGUUCUAUAUGAUGAUGAAAUUGAAAGAUUUACUGCUCUUUAUGGUAUUACUAAUGUUUAUCCUGUGCUUUUAUAUCAUAAUUCAAUUUUCUGGUUACAAAACCCUGAUGGUGUCUACUUGUGGUCACGUAUAGAUGACAGAAUGAUACAUGGUGGAGGUAAUAUGAAAGAGGCUCUUACAAAUUUUCUCUUUCAACAAGAAAAUCUCUGCUAUAUCGAUGAGGAUACACAUGUAUUAAUGUUGUGCCUCAGAUCGAUUCUUGCCUCAGAUCGCAACUCACGCACCUCAGAUUGA